GCGAAGGCUUCUGGGUUUGGUCUGUAUUUGUCACGUCGUCAUUUCGCAUAAACAGAACCGUGUUGGAACGCAGUUAUUUAAUUUACAUGAUAGAAACAACAGUUAAAACUAUACUGAUACUAUAUCAGCUAUGUGUUUAUGAUAAAGUGUAGCUCAAUCAAUUGAAUAUAUAAAAAUUAAAUGAGUUCGGCUCUCCAGAAGCUCGCAUGGUGCGUGCUGUCUCCAAGAAAUAUUUAGGUUUACAAUGUCUGUGUCUCCUAUGGCCGUAAAUUCAACCGAAAUAAAUAUACUGACAAACAGGUGAAAAUGGAAGAUGAGGCGGACCUGAGGGAACAGUUAUUCCACAACACAGUACGAGAAAAUAUCAUAUUCCUCCUGCUCUUUCUUUUGCUAUAUAUUUCGAGCUAUGCACUGAUAGCGAGGUUCAGGCGGAGGGAUCGAGAAGAUUAUUUUCUGGUUGACGAAGAUGAGGCAACGGUCUAUAGGAUCAGUCUAUGGCUAUGUACGGUCGCAUUGGCGGUUUCAGUCGGAGCAACGCUGCUUUUGCCCGUCUCCAUUGCUAGCAAUGAAGUCCUCAUACUUUAUCCAAAUAGCUAUUACGUUAAAUGGCUCAAUAGCUCUCUGAUACAAGGACUUUGGAACCAUGUGUUCCUUUUUUCGAAUCUAUCUCUGUUCGUGUUCCUGCCCUUUGCUUAUCUCUUCACAGAAUCCGAAGGAUUUGUCGGGCAUAGAAAGGGGGUGAUGGCUAGAGUUUAUGAAACAGUAACAGUAUUGUGCCUGCUUGGGGCACUGGUUCUCGGGAUGACCUAUGUCUUGUCUGCUCUCAUUGACCAUGACAAGUCAAGUCUUCACACGCUGCUCAAUUUAUGGAGUUAUUACUUACCGUUUUUGUACUCCUGCGUGUCUUUUGUUGGAGUGGUUAUGCUCUUGCUGUGCACCCCAGUGGGAUUCGUCCAAUUAUUUGGAGUUGUUGGUUCGUUUCUCGUUAAACCUCAGUUCCUUAAGAAUUUGGAUGAAGAAUUUUUCGCCUACAAGUUAGAAGAAGAUUGUAUCAAACGAAGACUGCAACACGCAACAGCGACGGGUAAAUCCUAUGUUUCGCCUGCACCGAUGUCUCCGCCAACUUGCGGGACGAUUGUUGAAGACGAAGAAGAAUUACCGAUAGCAAAUCCAGGACUUAUGUGUCUUAAGAAUGGAGCGUUACAACGCGGACUUACACAGAGAUUGGAAUACAUUCAACAGAGAAGAAAACUAUUAGAUGAACAGAGGCGAACGUGGUGGGUCCGCAGAACCUUGUUGUAUCCACUAGCAAUGCUCGCACUGUUGCUACUAUCUACUGCAACAGCUUUACUUGCUGUUCAAAAUACUUUAGAACUACUUAUCGGCAUCAAGGCCUUACCUCUGAGCACGAGGCAAUUUACGCUAGGGAUCAGUUCUCUGUCAAAGUUAGGCCCCAUAGGAGCCACGGUGGAAGUGGCAGUGAUCCUAUAUUUAGCUGCUACAAGUGCUAUAGGACUUUACUCUCUUCCGGGAGUUCGAAGAGUUCGACCACAUUUUCAUUCCACCCCAUUGACUCACCUCAUUGCAAAUUGUGCGCUGCUACUUGUACUAAGCUCUGCGCUACCGCUACUGUCAAGAAUUCUUGGAAUGACUAACUUUGAUCUACUUGGAGAUUUUGGGCGGAUUGAGUGGCUGGGAAAUUUCAAAUUAGUGUUGUUUUACAACUUGAUAUUUGCAAUAGCUGCAAUUGCUUGCCUUGCCACCAAGUUCACAGCAACUGUACGUAAGGAGAUAUACACAAGACUACGUAGCAGUUUUCUAGGAAUAUUCAAACGUGAAGGAAGAAAAGGAGUUUUGAGCAUGUUUUCUACUAAGGAGGACUAGACUGAUAUUAUUUAUAAGAAAUCGAAAGGCUAGGUAUACUCUGAAUAGCUAACAGAUGAAGUCACGCACCUCUUUUGAAGCAGCAGAUUUAUCUCCUGCUCUAUUGGUCUUUCGCUAUUCUAUUUGACUUUUUCCAUCCUCUAUAUCAUCGCGAAUAUAUGUAUACUAUUUUGAGCUAUCAUAUCGAAUAGUUAGGUAUUCAUUCAGUUCAUGUUCAACCACGAUGAAUAUUUGAUCAAGCACUCAAAUUAGUUUACAUGUAUGUGCUCAGGAACCUUUUAAGAGCAGAGAAUGAGAGAGUAAUUUCAAAAUCAUAUUCGUACUGUCGAAAAAUUCUGUCAUUCUACAUUCGAUUUGAGUGCAGGUUAAUCUAUUUGUCGUGUCAGAGACUUGUUGAAUAAAAAGAACCAUCAAAUAUUAAACCUAUUCAAGUAGAUCUAAUUUAUGAAUAAACAUAAAUAUAUAAGUAUUUAUAUUUAUAGGUUUUUAAAGUGACAUCUUGAUAUUUAUUAUUCAUUUGUGUCACAGAAAUUAUCAUAACUAAUUGAUAAACUCGUUUAUUUAUUUUUUCAUACCAUAGGUAUGUAGAUACAAUGAGACCAAAAAAAGACAAACUAUCAACAGGGAUUGUUAUUUAGCAGAAAAUUACAAUUUUCAGCUACAAGUUAUCGGCCAAUCAUCUUUGUGUUUUCGAAAGUAAACCAGCUCGAUAUCAACAUCAAUACCCGUACUUGGACAAAAAAAGAAAAGAUCGAAAUAAUUGUGCGUUAUAUGCAUUAUAAAAUUAUACUCAAUCCAACAUGUCGAGUGUGGAUAAUAUCCUGACAUUCAAGUAUGGUACAUUCAUGUUGAAAAUUGGUUUAUUUUUCAUCCAAAGCAGUUCGUUAUCACGGGCACUUAGUUAUAAUUGUGAUAAGUUCGAGUCGGUUAUAUUCUACGUCAUUUUCAUUGCCACGUUGUUAAGUUUUAACAUCAUUUCUAGUAAUGCAUAACUACACUCUUAUUCUGUUGAUUCCUAAAUCACGACAAAGUUUUUAACUCUCGCUAGAGUGGUAUUUCACUUCCCAAUUUUCGUUUUGCAACUUUGGCACUAACAUGAUCUUAUGCGAUGUAUGAUUUUAUUUGAACAAUCUAAAGCCCUGCUGUUAUGGGGCCGAUUUUGUAUAUUUGGAUGUAACGAGAGUUAUCGAGUUUACUGCACGACAUAUUAAAUGCAGAUAUGACUACUAUAAUAUAGCAGCUCGAUUCCAGAGGGUUUCUCUUUGAUGAUUCAAGAAGUACGAAUGCUAUGUAAAACUAAUUUGUACAUAAAUGAUGAGUAUUGCCAUUUUGGAAUCACUUAUUUAUUAAAUAAAUAUGUUUUAACAUAAACGACUUUAAUUGAAUUUACACUGAACUCAGAAACAUAGCGUUACUGCGACUCUUACUUUUUGAAGAGACCUUCUGAUGCCGGCUUUAUAAGUUCUGAGAUUAUUUAAGUUAUGUACAUUUUGUAUAGGAUUUGGCAACAUUUUAUGUGAUAAGUAUCUUGUCAAGACAAUGAUACAUCAGGCGCUCAUGCAGCGAAGACUCAUCAAUCUACUAACUUUAAUGAUUCGUGAAGAAUUUGUUGGAUUGUAUACAUUGAAUUUUAGUUGAUAUUUCGAAUCUUAGAUACUUUUUUCCGUAAACAUAAUAAUUGUUUGAAUCUAUGAAAGAAAUAAUAUUCUGGAUACGAAAACAGUUGAUAAUAAUUUUGAAACGAUAUACGUUGGAACGGGCUGUGACUUAGAUUAUGUAAUAUACUUAAAGGGAUUACGAUUCAAUCUGGUUCAGGCUUUAGCUAAGUCUGUUAUAAAAAAUUUAAAUUUCCAAACCUAGUUUUGUGAAGGGUAAAAUACUUUUUAGGCAUAAAGUAGUUGGGAUUAUGAAACGCAUCGAGUCUGUGAGAUGAGCAAAUUUAUGGCUGCUUGUUAUCACUAGUGUUAACAAAAGACAAGUAAGUAAUACUUGUCUUUUGGUGUAAGUUAUAUUAGCAUUUUUACGCAUUUUUUAUCUAUAACCCUGAUAUCCAUUUGCAUGUGUAUUUCAUUUGGCGAUAGAUAUAUUGAUUGGUACUUUUCUGCCCAUUCAAAAUGUUAUUGAAAAGUCUGAUUCAUUAGUUCUAAGUUCGAAAAAUACGAUUCAAUAA